AUGACCUCGUUCUUAUCUAUCCCUCCCGAGCUCCUGAUCGAGGUUCUGUUGAACGUUGAAGAACCUUGGGCGAUUCAUCACACUAAUAGAUUGUUACUGACAAUCUCAGAGGAUGAGCAUUACUUGUAUCUCCGAGACAUCAGACUCCCGCCUUCGCUCGUCAUUUGGAACGCGAUAAGACGACGCGGGGUGGGCUUGUCGCCUGAAUACUUACAACGUCUAAUCGACGGAGGAGCCCUUGUGCCUUUCUCCUUUGCCCAGCUUCUCACCAAUCCCCGCAUUCCUCGCCCCGCUCCCGCACGCGCCUUGCAUAAACUACUCCAAUCUCUUCAACCAAUGACCAAAGCACUUCUCGUCGGUGCACACAUGAAACCAAUCACAGCCGCUCUGACACACGACGACGACCAGCGGGUGUUCGAGGCAUUGUUUGGAGCCCCGACCGUUAGGAACGUACGGGGAGCGGCCAAAGCCUUGUUCGAUCACCGAGCUUUUGUUCCAUAUUCGUUGGGCGACGAGACAGACGUAGGGAGUCUGCAUGGAGCGUUCACUUCGGCUUUCGAAUCGUAUGCCAAGGGGAACGAAUCGCCGCUCGAUGCGCUGUUGGAAUCGGAGACGGUGUGCACACUCAUCAAGACGGACGAACGGGACCUCAAGUCUCAUGUUCUCGUCGAGGCCUUUGCGAUCGUUGGAUCCGAGCUGGGUUCGAGGCUCCUGAGGCAUGAUGCGUUCUGGCGGCCGAGGGUGAACAUUGUGGAAGCAUUGCUCAGACUUAACUCAUCCGAAGCUAGUCUUGCGCGAUUUAUGGAAAUUGCUACGACCCGAUCUACUCCGUUCCCUCCGACAAACGGAAGGAUGUCCGGGUUAGACUAUACGCCUGAGGCCAUCAUGCAUGCCCUUUCGUCGAAACUUUCACAAAAAAUCUCGCCCGAAUGGUUCAUCAAGCACCACAAAUCUCUCGGUCGGAUAUAUUCCUACUUCACAUCCUUUAACCCGUCCUUGUGCGACCAACUUGACUCGCUAGCACAAACAACACUAGAAAAUGUCUUUCGACCCAGUGCUGUUAGUGAGCACCACGAUUCGUCGAUGCUUUGGUCGUUCUAUUCGCAGUUUGGAGGCAGCACAAAGGAAAAUAUUGUACGUGAAGUGAGGGGAAAGGUCAAAGAAUUGGUUUACGGCAACCCGCACCCACCGUAUACAUUCUCCGAAUGGGGUGCGUGCCUUUACCUGAUCGCUCAAUUGGACGUGGAGGCUAGGGAGAAGAUCUUGUCCGGCUUGAUAAAUUCUAAACACAUUGGAAACACACAGGCGCAGACGAUAGAAGUUGGGCUGGCGGCUGAUGAGGAAGGCGCAUUGUGGUUGGGGGAGGCAAAGAAACGCAUGCAACGUUUCGGUAUACCGCUUGUAAUGUUUGGAUUAGCUUGA